AUGGAAGUCUUGCAGGAACUUCGUAAACCAUCAGCACAUUUGGAGUGUGACCACUGCAGUUUCAGAGGCACGGAUUAUGAAAACGUCCAAAUUCACAUGGGCACUAUACAUCCGGAGUUUUGUGAUGAAAUGGAUGCUGGUGGGUUAGGUAAAAUGAUAUUUUACCAGAAAAGUGCAAAACUUUUUCACUGCCAUAAAUGCUUCUUUACCAGCAAAAUGUACUCUAAUGUGUAUUAUCAUAUCACAUCCAAACAUGCAAGCCCAGAGAAAUGGAAUGAGAAACAAAAAAAUCAGUUAAACAAAGAAACAGAUCCUGUGAAAAGCCCCUCUUCUUCAGAACAUCAGAAAAUGUCCUCUACUACAGCAGAACUAUUAAAUUCUAUGCCUACCUUUACCACAGAAACACAGAGGCUUGGCCCAGUUUUGUCUCCAGAAUCUCCCAAACCUCUGACUUCCCUGGAACCUCAGAAACCUGGUUCUACUAUUUCUCCUGAACCACAGACACCUCUUCCUUCUCCUGAACUUUUAAAACCUGCCCCCAUUUCUUUCGAGGUUUCAAAACCAAUCUCGGUUGUGUCUGAUUCUCAGAAGCCAAUUCCUCUUACUUCUCCAGAAAUCCAGAAACUUGCCCCUGUAUCUCCUGAUCCAGUAAAGGGUGCUCUUGCUAAUCCCAAAACCCAGAAAUACUCACACUUCCCAGAAACAUUGGCACCUCCUUCAGUCUCAUCACCAGAAUCACCAGUUUUAGCAACUUCUCCUGAACCUUGGGGGCCUUCCCCUUCUGCAUCUCCAGAGACAAGGAAACCAACUCGGACCCUGUCUCCUGAGCCAAGGAAGCCCUCCCCAUCGGAAUCUCCUGAACCUUGGAAGCCAUUCUCUGCUGUCUUCCCAGAGCCCCGGAGACCAGCCCCAUCUGUGUCGCCAGGUUCUUGGAAGCCCGGGCCACCUGGGUCCCCCAGGUCAUGGAAAUCUAGUCCUUCAGCAGCAUCAGGUCCCUGGAAGCCAGCUAAACCUGCACCAUCAGUGUCUCCUGGCCCUUGGAAGCCAAUUCCUUCGGUGUCACCUGGGCCUUGGAAACCAACUCCGUCUCUGUCUCCUUCGUCCUGGAAGUCCUCCGUUUCAUCUGGCUCCUGGAAAACUACUCCUACGUCUCCUGAGUCAUGGAAGUCUGGCCCACCAGAACUCCGAAAGACAACUUUGUCACCAGAACACUGGAAGGCAAUUCCCCCAGUGUCUCCUGAACUUUGUAAGGCAGGGCCUCCCUUGUCUCCUGAACUUCGGAAACCAGGACCACCAUUGUCACCAGAGAUUCAUAGUCCUGGGGGAUCCCCAGAACUCAGGAAACCCUCGGGGUCUCCAGAACGUUGGAAGCUUUCUCCUGAUCAACGGAAAACUUCUGCUUCCCUUGAUUUUCCUGAACCCCAGAAAGGUUCCCGUGGUGGUUCUCCUGAUCACUGGAAAUCUUCCUUUUUUAUUGAACCUCAGAAACCGGCCUUCCCUGAUGCCCGGAAACCAAGUCCUUCUGGGACUUCCGAGUCCCCUAAGGCAGCCUCGGAUAUAUGGAAGCCUAUCCUUCCGAUUGAAAAUGAGUCUAGAAAACCUGGUCUGUUUUCUGAACCUGCCAAGACAGCCCCUCCAGCUUCUCCUGAAUCCCGGAAACGUGCUCUUUUUUCUGAGUCUCGGAAGCAUGCCCUAUUCCCUGAACUUCCUAAAUCAACUAUCUUCUCAGAAUCUCAGAAGGCAGCUGAUCUUGGAGAUGAACUGCAGAUAGAUGCCAUAGAUGAUCAAAGGUGUGAUAUUUUGGUUCAGGAGGAACUACUAGCUACACCUAAGAAACUCUUAGAAGACACUUUAUUUCAUUCCUCAAAGAAGCUCAAAAAAGAUAACCAAGAAAAUUCAGAUACUGAGCUUAGUAGUGGUGAGUAUAUAAAAACUGAUUUGGAUAUGAUAGAUAUAAAGGGCCAAGAGUCAAGCAGUGAUCAAGAGCAGGUUGAUGUAGAAUCUCUUGAUUUUAGUAAAGAGAACAAAAUGGACAUGACUAGUCCAGAGCAUUCCAAAAAUGUACUACAAUUUACUGAGGAAAAAGAGGCAUUUAUCUCCGAAGAAGAGAUUGCAAAAUACAUGAAACGUGGGAAGGGAAAGUACUAUUGUAAAAUUUGUUGCUGUCGUGCUAUGAAAAAAGGUGCUGUUUUGCAUCACUUGGUUAAUAAGCAUAAUGUUCAUAGUCCUUACAAAUGCACAAUUUGUGGGAAGGCUUUUCUUUUGGAAUCUCUUCUCAAAAAUCAUGUAGCAGCCCAUGGGCAAAGUUUACUUAAAUGUCCGCGAUGUAAUUUUGAAUCAAAUUUCCCGAGAGGCUUUAAGAAACAUUUAACUCAUUGUCAGAGCAGGCAUAAUGAAGAGGCAAAUAAAAAAUUGAUGGAAGCUCUUGAACCACCAUUGGAAGAGCAACAAAUUUGAUUUUAAACCUUAUGGUGCUCUAUAAAGUUUGUUGAAAGUGUUCAUUGAAGGUAUUGUUAGUCUUGCUGGUUCUUUAGAUAUUGAUGUGUAUGGUGUAUUUUGCUUGUCUGUAGUGUUUUAUUCAUGAACUGCCUCUCUGGUUUCUAAGUCUGUUUGUAUUAUAUAUUCCAGAUAAAUUAAACCUCUAUUUCUUUUAGUAUACUUGGAUGUUAUGAAGGAGUAGGCAUUCCAUUUAAUAAGAUCAAGUUGUAUUCAACUUAAAGCAUUUGGUUAACGUAUUUUUUUGUGUGUGUGAAAUUCAUCUUGUAGACAAUAGGAAUUGUUAGAAUUAGGCAUGAAAACAAAUGUAUUUUUAGAUCAUAAAAGUUA